AUGCUUAUUGAAAUUUUCUUAACAUUACUUGUCAGUUAUUUAACAUAUUUAUGGGUAAUUUAUCCAUUUUAUUUAUCGCCUUUACGUAAAAUACCAGGUCCACCACCUGACCAUUUUUUAUUAGGAAGUUUUGUUAAAAAUAUUAAAUCAUCUCAGGCAAUUAUAAUAGAUCAAACGGAUUUGGUAGAUAAAUAUGGUGGAAUUUUCAAAACUUAUGAACUAUUUAAUAAACAAAUCCUUACUGUUACCGACGAGAAAGCUUUACAAAAAAUAUUAGUUAGUGAGGCGACUGAUUUUAUUAAGCCUAAAGGAUUCGCGGGACUCUUAAAAGGAAUUUUGGGAAAUGGAAUAUUGUUUGCGGAAGGUGAAGUACAUAAAAGACAACGUAAAAUAAUGAAUCCUACUUUUAGCCACGGUAAUAUAAAGGAUAUGGUACCAACAUUUACAAAAAUUAGCAAUACUGUAAAGGAAAUGUGGAAAAAUGAAAUAAAUAAUAGUAAUGAUGAUGAUGUUGGAAAAAAGAGAGCGAAAAUUAAUGUGAUGAGUUAUACGUCAAAGGCAACAUUGGAUGUCAUUGGUAUAGUAGGAUUUGAUUAUGAAUUUAAUUCAUUAACAACAUCAUCAAAACUAUCGCAAGCAUAUGAAGGUUUAUUUGACUCAAAAAAUCGAUUCGCGUUAGCAUAUCGAUUAUUAGCAAACACCUUUCCCAUACUAAAAUUAUUGCCAGUCAAACAAAUCCGAGAUAUCAAAGAAGCCACAUCUGUAGUUGAUGAAAUUACAACCAAAUUGGUUAAUGAUAAAUUAGACAAAUUUGCUAAAGGGGAAUUAAACAAUAAGAGUGAUUUAUUGAGUGGUUUAAUAAGAGCCAAUAAUGAAGGACAUGAAACAACUAGCGUAGCAGUAACUUGGGCAUUAUAUUAUUUAUCUAGGGAUCUAGAAAUUCAAGAUAAAUUAAGAAAAGAAAUUAUUAAAGAAUUUCCAGAUAAAGAUAUUGUACCAACAUUAGAACAAAUCAAUUCAUUGGAAUAUUUAAAUGCUGUUUGUAAAGAAACUCUUAGACUUGCUCCUCCAGCUCCAAUUACAGUUCGUGAAUCAGCAAAGGAUACCAUAAUUAAUGGAUAUUUAGUUCCAAAGGGAACAAUAAUAUUUGUACCAAUAUUCACAGUUCACAAUAUGGCGUCAACCUGGGGUCCAGAUGUUAGAGAAUUCAAACCAUCACGUUGGUUUGAUGAACAUACCAAAAAGGUCAUAACAAAUAGUAAUUAUAUGCCUUUUAUGAUAGGUCCAAGAUCAUGUAUUGGUAAUAAAGUGGCAUUUAACGAAAUGAAAGUUUUCCUAGCAGUUUUCUUAAGAAAUUUUGAAUUUCAUGAAGUUGAAGGAUUAGAGAUCAAGAGACAGUUAAAUAUGACUUUUAGACCGAGUCCAUCUUUACAAUUAUGGCCCCCAAAUAUGCAUGCCUUCAUUCAAUUACAAUUAGCCAGUAGAAUUGUAAUGAUCAAACAUACAAAAGAGUUUGAAUUCAAAAUGUCACCGGUCACUCAGGUCACUCUACAAUAG